CCAACCCCAUCCCCUCAUCCUCUCUUUCAUCUUUUUCCUCUCUCUCUCUCUCUCUCUGUUUUUCUGCAUGCAUAUAUAUUUUAUAUAUAUCUUCCACAGUACAGAUCUCUCUGUGUCUCUGCGAACGUAAAUGGAUCUGCUGAAUAGUUUCUUGGAUUUGGUGGUGCCUCCUGCGUACCUGGUGAUGCUGGCCUUGGCGUGGCCAGCCAUGACAUUCAUCAACGCAUGCGAGAAGCUGAUUUAUAGCAGCAGCCGCAUCUGUGAAAAUAUGGAAGAUAAGGUGGUGGUUGUCACCGGAGCUUCCUCCGCCAUCGGCGAGCAAAUAACAUAUGAAUAUGCAAAGAUGGGUGCGAAUCUUGUGUUGAUUGCACGAAGAGAGUAUAGGCUUCGAGUAAUUAGUGAGAAUGCAAGGCUAAUGGGCGCAAAGCAUGUAAUGUUCAUUGCUGCAGAUGUCAUUAAAGAAGAGGAUUGUAGGAGAUUCAUCCGUGAAGCAAUAAACUUUCAUGGGCAUGUGGAUCACCUAGUCAACACAACAAGUUUGGGACAUGCAUUUUACUUCGAGGAGGUUACCGACACUUCUAUGUUCCCUCAUUUGAUGGACAUCAAUUUUUGGGGAAAUGUUUAUCCUACUUAUGUUGCUCUUCCUUACCUACGUCAAAGUAAUGGUCGGAUCAUAGUUAAUGCAUCAGUUGAGAGUUGGUUACCUUUACCAAGAAUUAGCUUAUACGCUGCUGCAAAGGCAGCUCUGGUAAACUUCUAUGAGACAUUAAGGUUUGAAUUGAAAGAUGAGGUUGGGAUAACAAUCGCAACCCAUGGUUGGAUUGGUAGCGAAAUGAUGAAAGGAAAGUUCAUGGUAGAGGAGGGUGCAGAGAUGCACCAAAGAGAAGAAAGUGAAGUUCAUGUGACAAAUGGGGCAGUGGCAGAUUUUGCAAGGUUGACCGUAUCAAGAGCAUGUAAAGGUGAUGCAUAUGUGAAGUACCCUAGCUGGUAUGGAAUAUUCCUCCUUUACAAGGUUUUUGCACCCAAUGUUCUUCAUUGGACCUUUCGACUACUGGAGACUCAUAGAACAAGAAAAUUUUCACUUCUCGACACUAGCAAGAAUGUUCAGGAUAUCAGUACUUCUUCACGGAAACUCCUUGCAGGACCUAUACCCUUCUCCUUGGAGUCUCAGCAACAGCAGCUACCAAAAAUAAAAUAACAAAGCUAUAUAUGUGUGUGUGUGUAAAUACUUAAUUGGGGUUGGAUGUGAUAUCACUUCUACUUUGUUUAUUGACUAUUUUAUAUAUGUACUUCUGCGGUAAUCUGUUGAAUAUAGACAAAAAAAAAAAAAAAACUUUGAAUCUUCUUUGAGAUAAA